UCUAGCGGCUGAGGGUUUAGGGUUUUGGAAGAGAGGAAGGCAAGGGAAGGGAUUAUGGCGGCACCCAGGGUAGCAGGGCUGCUCAACAAUGUGGCGCGCGUCGCCGUGGCGCUGGGAAUCGGCGGCAGCAUCCUCAAUGCGUCGCUCUACACGGUGGAUGGGGGCGAGCAGGCGGUGAUCUUCGAUCGGCUGCGCGGCGUGCUGGAUGAGACCGUCGGCGAGGGCACGCACGUCCUCAUUCCGCUGCUCCAGAAGCCUUACAUCUUCGACAUUCGCACGCGCCCUAGAGCGAUCUCGUCGGUCACGGGCACCAAGGAUCUCCAGAUGGUCAAUCUCACGCUCAGGGUGCUGUCGCGGCCGGAUGUGGGCAGCCUCCCGUCGAUCUUCAAGACGCUGGGCGUGGAUUACGACGAGCGCGUGCUGCCCUCGAUUGGGAACGAGGUGCUCAAGGCUGUGGUCGCGCAGUUCAAUGCCGACCAGCUCCUCACGGAUCGCCCAUACGUCUCGGCCCUUGUCCGUGAAGGACUUGUGAAGCGAGCAAAGGAUUUCAACAUCCAACUGGACGACGUGGCCAUCACCCAUCUCUCCUACGGCACGGAGUUCGCCAGAGCCGUCGAGGCCAAGCAAGUCGCGCAGCAGGAGGCCGAGCGUUCCAAGUUCGUGGUGGCAAAGGCCGAGCAGGAGCGCCGCGCCGCGAUCAUCCGCGCCGAGGGCGAGGGAGAGGCCGCGAAGCUCAUCUCCCAGGCCACCGCCAACGCCGGCUUUGGCCUCAUCGAGCUCCGGCGCAUCGAGGCUGCUCGCGACAUCGCCAACACCCUCUCCAAGAACAAGAACCUGGCCUAUCUCCCCGGUGGAAACAACAUGCUGCUCAACAUCAAUCCUGCCAGGCUCGUCAACUAGGCUCUCCCACAGGUACUCCAUGGAAUAGUUUGUCCAAGUGUUCGCUCUACUUGGAACUUCAUAUUGUUUUCCUUGUGUUUCUUUUCACUUCAGAAGGUAAGUCUCUCGUCCGGGAAUUUUGUCUGAGAUCUUCCAAUAAAUCGAUGCGAACCAGCCGAGAUUAUUU